AUGGACCCAGUGUUGAAUGGCCUAUCCGAAAAGGAUGCGGAGCCCGCUGAUGGGAAGGGGGACCCGCCAGCCCCAAGUGAAAACUCCAAAAGGAAAAACGCACACACGUUAAGUGACGAUUAUAGUAGUAAGAAGAAGGCAAAGGUGGGCCAUGCGUUAGAGGGAGAUCCCUUUGAGGAAGGGGAAGAUGAUGGUCAAACGGGGGGUGCACAAAAUAAGGAAGAAGGCAGCUCAUACGACGGGGAGGAGGAUCCCUAUUGUGCAGACAAGGGUGGUAAUAGUGAAGUGAAUGACACAAAACACGAUGAUCACAGUGGUCAUGACAGUAACAACGAUGAGGGGGAGACGGAGACGCAAAAUAAGCAGAGCAGGAAUAAACAGAACAGUGAUGGGGAAAAUAUCCCCAAGGAGGGAGACCCCUACCCGGAAACGCCCUUUCCAAGGGGAAUCCCAACGGGGGAGGGAUCCUACCAAAGGGGCAGAGAACCUGGCGUAGGCGAACCGGAACCCCCACUCAUAAACAAACUGACAAACGAACCAUAUAGCGAAAGGUACCUCCAGCUACUGGAGGACAAGAAAAAACUGCCAGCAUGGAGUGCGAAAAAAAACUUUCUAAAGCUCUUUAAAAAAAACGACGUGUUGAUUAUCGUAGGAGAUACAGGAAGUGGAAAGACAACACAGAUAUCACAAUUCGUAUUGGAGUCUAAGUUUGCCGAAAAGAAGUCCAUAGCUGUGACCCAACCAAGGAGAGUUGCUGCCAUGAGUGUAGCCGCAAGAGUUUCAGAAGAGUUAGAUGUAGAGCUAGGAACGUAUGUAGGAUACACCAUCAGGUUCGAAGAUCGAUCUAGUACAAGAACGGUCAUAAAAUAUUUGACAGACGGUAUGUUGUUAAGAGAAUCAAUGUAUGACCCCUUGUUAAAAAGAUACAACACCAUCAUUUUGGACGAAGCUCACGAAAGGACCUUAGCCACGGAUAUCCUCUUCGGGGUAAUAAAGAAUAUACAAGAGCAGAGGAACGAUUUAAAGUUAAUAGUCAUGUCUGCAACGCUAGAUGCAGGGAAGUUUCAGAAGUUCUUUAAUGGGUCCCAAAUAUUAAAUAUCCCAGGGAGGCUAUACCCUGUGGAAAUAUUUUAUACCCUACAAGCAGAGAAGGAUUACAUAAGGGUGGUCAUAAGGACGGUGUACGACAUACAUGUAAAUGAGGACGAGGGGGACAUUCUUGUCUUCCUCACUGGAGAGGAGGAAAUAGAAAUGACGAAAAAAGAAAUUGAAAAAUUAGUUUCGAAAAAUGAAAGUGCUGGUCAGUUGGUAGUGUUACCCCUUUAUUCUUCACUACCAUCGACUCAGCAACAGAAAAUAUUCGAACCUGCUCCCAAGCCAAGAUUUAAAGGAGAUAAAAUGGGGAGAAAAUGUAUCCUGUCCACUAACAUCGCAGAAACUUCCCUUACUAUAGAAGGAAUCGUCUACGUUAUCGACCCUGGGUUUUCAAAACAGAAGGUUUACAACCCAAGGGCAAGAGUAGAAUCUUUAUUAAUAGCUCCCAUUUCGAAAGCGUCCGCUCAGCAAAGAGCUGGAAGAGCAGGAAGAACAAAACCAGGCAAAUGUUUUCGACUCUACACAGAAAAGUGUUUCGAGCAAACAUUACCUGAACAGACAUACCCAGAAAUUUUAAGAUCCAACUUAGGUUCUGUUGUCUUAAAUUUAAAAAAAUUAGGAAUUGACGAUUUAGUUCAUUUCGAUUUUAUGGACCCACCGGCACCAGAGACGCUGAUGAGAGCCUUAGAACAACUGAACUAUUUAGGAGCCUUAGAUGAUGAGGGAGAAUUAACCCAGAAGGGACACUUCAUGUCUGAAUUUCCUGUAGAUCCUCAGCUAGCCAAAGUGCUGAUUGAGUCCCCAAGUUAUGGCUGUUCCAGCGAAAUACUAACCAUUGCAGCCAUGCUUUCUGUGCCCUACUGUUUUUUAAGGCCAAAAGUGAAAGGCAAAGAAGCAGACGAAAUGAAAACGAGAUUCUCACACCUAGAUGGAGACCACCUAACUCUUAUGAAUGUCUUCCAUGCUUUUGUCAAUUAUAACCGAAUGGAUAUAAAUGCCUCCAAAAAAUUCUGUUACGAUUAUUUUUUAAAUCAUAGAGCUAUGACAUCUGCCCAGAAUGUUAGAAACCAACUCAUCAGAACAAUGGAAAAAAUGGAACUAAAAAUUGUUUCCAUGAACCCAUCCAACCCUGACUACUAUGUAAAUAUAAGGAAGGCUUUGCUGAGUGGGUUCUACCAACAAGUGGCCUACAAAACUAGCAAAGGGUACUACAUCACCGUGAAGGACAUUCAAAUAGUUACUCUACACCCGUCAACAGUAUUUCAAAUAAACCCUGAAUGGGUCAUGUAUCACGAACUUAUUUUAACCACAAAAAAUUUUAUAAGAACGGUCAGCAGAAUUGAUGGUAAGUGGCUGCUUGAGAUUGCUAGGAGCUACUACGACUUGGACGACCUGCCAAACAGCGAGGCGAAGAAUGAGUUACGCAUGAUUCUUAGGAAGUCCUAA